UCCGUCCCAAUGGUCCCAUCUCCAAUUUUCGACCCAUUUCAACGUCUGCAUUAAUAUUAUAAAUUUCAAAUAGUGUUUUUCCGUACCUUCAUCAUGCUCGCAGAGAAGCUCGCUGCUCUCUUGAUUCUUGCGUUUGGCUGUUUUGGGUCGUUGAGAUUCGUAGAGCCGAAGGUGCCGCAAGAAGAAGUGGAUACUCUUCUACAAAUUACAAGCACAAUGGGUGCAACACAUUCGGCGUUUGAUGGUGAUUCUUGCAAACUUGAACUGGUUGGAGUGACACCAAAUCUUGCAAGUUUUUCUGAAAGCAGCGUAGAUUGUGUUUGUUACUCUCAGAACAACAGCAGAAUUUGUCAUGUCAGAAAGAUUGUUAUCAAGGGUUAUAGUCUACCUGGUGUGCUUCCUCCUGAACUGGUGAAACUUUCUCACCUCCAAGAGAUUGAUUUUGCUUACAAUACCCUCAAUGGUACAAUACCAAGUGAAUGGGCUUCAAUGCAGUUGACUUCAAUCUCUCUUCUUGCAAACAACUUAUCAGGCGAAAUCCCGAAAGUACUGGGAGAUAUUAAAAAUCUCACAUACCUGUCACUGGAAGCAAACCAAUUUUCUGGCAGUGUUCCUUCUGAGAUUGGGAAUCUAAUGAACUUAUCUACUUUGAUGCUGUCCUCCAACCAGUUGACUGGAAAAUUGCCAGAGAAACUUGCUGGGCUUAAGAAUUUAACAGAUUUUCGGAUAAAUGAUAACAACUUCAAUGGAGCAAUACCUGGAUUUAUACAGAACUGGAAGCAACUCACAAGAUUAGAAAUGCAUGCAAGUGGACUGGAAGGACCCAUUCCAUCAAACAUAUCUCUUUUGGACAAGUUAACUGAGUUGAGGAUUAGUGACAUUAACGGAACAACUUGGGGUUUUCCUAUGCUGAACAACAUCGAAGGCCUAAAAAGAUUGGUUUUGAGGAACUGUAGCAUUUAUGGAGAAAUACCUGCAUACAUAUGGGAAAUGGAUGAGCUGCUAAUGCUAGAUGUCAGUUUCAACAAGUUAGUUGGGGAAAUCCCAAAUAACAUAAGAGCAAGGCGUUUGAAUUACAUCUUUUUAAGUGCAAACCAGCUGACUGGAAAUGUGCCUGACUCAAUAUUGAUAAAAGGAGGAAGUAUUGAUCUUUCCUACAAUAACUUCACGUGGCAAGGUCCUGAGCAACCUACUUGUCAAGAAAACAUGAAUCUAAAUAUAAACUUGUUUCGAAGUUCAAAAGAGAAUGACCUGAAAGGAAUUCUUCCUUGCUCGAAGAAUGUCAACUGUCCACAAUAUGGGUGCUCUUUACAUGUUAAUUGUGGGGGAGAUGAUGUAACUGUCGAAGAAACUAGAGGAAAGGUUGUAUAUGAAGGAGAUUCAGAGGUUGAAGGUGGUACUGCGAGAUAUUUUUUAAGUAAUAAUUACUGGGGCUUUAGUAGCACUGGAGACUUCAUGGAUGAUAAUGAUAACCAGAAUACACGUUAUACCGAAUCUCUGCUGCCAACAAAUUUAUCUGAACCAUAUGCUACUGCACGCCUUUCUCCUAUUUCACUUACCUAUUUUCGUUACUGCUUAGAAAAUGGGAAUUAUUCUGUAAAUCUGCACUUUGCGGAGAUACUAUUCUCAAAUGACCAAACAUAUAGAAGCCUUGGGAGGCGUUUUUUUGAUAUUUAUAUCCAGGAAAAAUUAGUGUGGAAGGAUUUUAAUAUUGAAGAUGCAGCUCAUGGUGCUCAGAAGCCUACAGUAAAAGAAUUUAAUGCAACUGUGACAAAUAAUAUCUUGGAGAUCCGGUUUUAUUGGGGUGGCAAAGGGACAACACGAAUACCUAUUAGCGGAGUUUAUGGUCCUCUCAUAUCAGCUAUUUCGGUUUAUUCCAAUUUCAAAUCUUGUUCACAAGGCGGGAAGAAGGGAACUGCUUAUAUCAUUAUUGGAUCUGUGGUCUUAGGCCUUAUUUUCUUAAUAUUGAGUAUCCUUUGGUGGAAAGGCUGUUUGAGAGGUAGAACAGAAAAAGAUUCUAAGAGACUAGAUUUGCAGAUGGGAUCUUUUACCAUGAAACAAAUUAAAGAUGCCACAAAUGAUUUUGAUACCACAAACAAAAUUGGGGAAGGUGGAUUUGGCCCUGUUUUCAAGGGUCUAUUAUCCGAUGGUACCACCAUUGCAGUAAAGCAGCUAUCCUCAAAAUCAAGGCAAGGAAAUCGCGAGUUUAUGAAUGAGAUAGGCAUGAUUUCUUGUUUGCAGCACCCAAAUCUUGUGAAGCUUCACGGGUGUUGCAUCGAGGGGGAUCAGUUAUUAUUGGUGUAUGAGUACAUGGAAAACAAUAGCCUUGCUAAUGCUCUGUUUGGUCCAGAAAGCGAUCAAUUGGUACUGGACUGGCCAACGAGACUUAAAGUCUGCGUUGGGAUUGCCAAGGGCUUAGCUUUUCUCCAUGAAGAAUCAGUAAUCAAGAUUGUUCACAGAGACAUUAAGGCCACUAAUGUGCUGCUUGAUCAAGACCUGAACCCUAAAAUCUCUGAUUUCGGAUUGGCUAGGCUUGAUGAAGGGGAGAAGAGCCAUAUUAGCACUCGAGUGGCUGGAACAAUAGGAUACAUGGCACCGGAAUAUGCACUGUGGGGUUACUUAACCUACAAGGCAGAUGUCUACAGUUAUGGAGUAGUGGUUUUGGAAAUUAUUUCUGGAAAGAACAACAACAGUUACAUGCCAAGCCAUAAUAGCAUUUGUCUAUUAGACUGGGCCUGUCAUGUGCAACAAAGUGGAAACUUAAUUGAACUUGUUGAUAAGAAGUUGGAGUCUGAAUUUGACAAAGAAGAGGUUGAAAGGGUGGUUAGAGUCGCUCUACUGUGCACAAAUGCAACUCCAUCCCUUCGGCCUAUUAUGUCCGAGGUGGUGGCCAUGCUUGAAGGACAAAUGCCUGUUCCAGAUGUAAUCCUAGAACCCAACACCCCCACCGAAGAUUUAAGGUUCAAGGCCAUGAGAGACUUCCAUAAACAAAUGCACACUGAGAGUUCCAGUGGGAGCCAAACACACAAUUCAACAGCAAUCCAGUCAGAGAUCGAUUCUUCCACCCCCUUUACCCAUGAUCUCUAUGGAAUCGACCUGGACGAAAAUCCCUAGUGAUGAUGGUGGACUUUGGAAGCUUAGUUGUGACCUCCUAAUGUACAAAUUUGCUCCCUCGUGCACUGCAGUUUUGGCUGUUCAUUUGCAUUCCAUUCAACAAGGGUGCAUCUGAGCAAUAAAGUUGUGCAUAAUUUUGUUAAUAGCUUCUCUUUCUCAUUGUUUUGGUUGUAAGAAUUCUGGCAUUUAUUGUAUUCUUGAAGCUGUAUUGAUGAGAUUGAAGUUUGGAUUAUUAUAUUGAAAUUCUAGAAAAUGAAGAUAUGAUGGGCCACUUAGAUUUUA